CAAAGGCUAGAAUGUCCACAGCCCUGGAACCUGAGGAGCAAAAAGGACUAUUGAUUGUUAAGGCAGAGGGCCACUACUGGGGACAGGACUCCAUCUCACAAAAGUACAGUCCCCAGAGGAGAGAACUCUUCAGACAGCACUUCAGGGACCUCUGCUAUCAGGAUGCACCUGGACCCCGUGAAGCUCUUACCCAGCUCUGGGAGCUUUGCCCGCAGUGGCUGAGGCCAGAAUGUCAUACCAAGGAGCAGAUUUUAGACCUGCUGGUGCUAGAACAGUUCCUGAGCAUUCUUCCUGGGGACCUGAAAGAAUGGGUGCAGGCACACCAUCCAGAGACUGGAGAGGAGGCAGUGACUGUGCUGGAAGAUCUGGAGAAAGAGCUUGAUGAACCUGGAAAGCAGGUCACAGCCAAUUCAGAAAGACAGGACAUACUCUUGGCCCCCUUGUGAAGGUCAUAUGAGUCACUGACUAUCCAGCUCCAUCCCAAGAAGACCCAGCAGGAGCCGGAAUCUGGGAAGUCCCAAAAGAAUGGUGAUAAAAUCAGGACUAAAAAUGAAGAGUUUUCCCAGAAGGAGUAUGUGCCCAAAGACAUGGAAUUCCUUGGGGAGAUAAAUGACAGACUCAACAAAGAUAUCCCUCAGCAUCCUGAGCUGAAAGAUGAUGUUGAAAAUGAGAGCAGGUUUGAAUGGCAGAAAAGGGAAAGAAGACGAUAUAAAUGUGAUGAAUGUGGAAAAUGUUUCAGUCAUAGCUCAGACCUUAGUAAACACAGAAGAACUCACACUGGAGAGAAGCCCUACAAAUGUGAUGAGUGUGGAAAAGCCUUCAUUCAACGUUCACAUGUCAUUGGACAUUAUAGAGUACACACUGGAGUAAAACCUUAUAAAUGUAAAGAAUGCGGGAAAGAUUUCAGUGGGCGCACAGGUCUUAUUCAGCAUCAGAGAAUCCACACAGGUGAAAAACCCUAUGAGUGUGAUGAUUGUGGAAAGCCUUUCAGGGUAAGUUCAGCUCUAAUUAGACAUCAAAGAAUUCAUACAGCAAAUAAACUCUACUAAUAUAGGGGAAGUAACAAAAGUUCUUUAGAUGCUCAGGCCUAACUAGUUAUCAGAAAGACUACUUUGGACAGCUUAUGAGUUUCCUGAAUGUGGGCAAAGCAUCAAUAAUCAUCUUUAAAAACUUCUCUGGCACCAAA